UCCCCAAAACACCCUUCUUCUUCUCACUCCCCCUCUAUGCCUCUCGAUUCUCCAAUGUCUUCUCUCUUCUUCAAACGAAUCCUCUCCUUCCAUUACUCCCCUCCAACCCUAUUCUCCAGAAGAUCUCUCUCCACCGACCAUCCCCCUUCCCCCUCCUCCUUCACCGUCCAAUUCCUCGUCUCCUCCUGCGGCCUCUCCUUACCCUCCGCCCUCUCCGCCGCCCGCCGCCUCCGCCUCGAUUCCUCCUCCGCCCCCAACUCCCUCGCCGUCCUCUCCCUCCUCCGCUCUCACGGCCUCUCCCCCUCCCACAUCGCUCGCAUCGUCUCCGUCCGCCCCUCUCUCCUCCGCUCCCGCCCCGACCGCACCCUCUCUCCCAAGCUCUCCUUCCUCUCCUCUUCCCUCCCCCCUCCCAUCUCUCCCUCCUCCUCUCCUUCUCCCCCUCCGUCCUCGCAUGCAGCCUCGAAUCCCACAUCAUCCCCGCCUUCUCCCUCCUCCGCCUCUUCCUCCCCUCCCCCGACUCCCUCCUCCUCGCCGUCCGCCGCUCCCCCCGCCUCCUCUCCUCCAACUUCCCCUCCACCGUCGCCCCCAACGUCCACCUCCUCCUCUCCCGCGGCGUCCCCGCUCCCCACAUCUCCACCCUCUUCACCGCUCAUGCCCGCGUCCUCACCCUCCCUCCCGCCCGCUUCGCCACCGCCGUCGACGCAGCCGCCCGCUUCGGCCUCCACCCCGAGACCGCCAUGUUCAUCCACGCCGUCCGUGCGCUCAAUGCCAUGCGGCAUUCCACCUGGGACGCCCGCCUCACCUUCCUCCGCCGCAGCCUCGCCUGGUCCGACGAGGAGAUCGCCAUCGCGUUCCGCCGCGCCCCGCUGUUCGUGCUCGUGUCGCAGGAGAAGAUGAGGAAGAUGGUGCGGUUCUUCGUGAAGGAGGUCGGCUUGACAUCCAAGGAUCUCGCCCGGCAGCCGAAGCUGCUGAUGUAUGGACUGGAGAAGAGGCUCUUACCGAGGUUCAGGGUAUAUCGUCUGCUGGAAUCCAAGGGGCUGCUUAAGAAAGAUGAGAAUAGUAAGAAGAAUAAGUUGAGGCCGUGGUUGUUUGCUUGUAAUGAGAACGAGUUCUUGGAGAGGUAUGUGGUUAGAUACAGCAGAGAGGCUCCCGAAGUGAGGGAUGUAUACCGCAGCAAGGUCGGAGUUGAGGAAUCGUAGAUGAAAACUUCUUGGAAAAAUGUCGAACAUCUUGGAUUGAUUAAGAAGACUCUGGAAGUAAAGCUCCGAAGCAGCUGGCUCGUGCAACUUUUUUGUUCAUCAGGGUUCUUCUAUUUUUGUCUUUGGAUUGGUUAUUGGAAGAUUCUUCAGGAAUCCCAAAUGAUCAUUCUGAGAAGAUAAAAAAAAGGGUGCAUUGAAGAAAAAUUUCUAUCAGAAGAAAAGAAGAGUUGUUUUUGUUUUGCUCGAUUCACGGAGGAGGUUCAUUGGGACAUGUGAGCUCUAAUUUAGAAAGAAAAGGGGAACAAUUGCUAGCCUCUAACUGGAGCCAUAUGGUAUGUUAUUGUUUCGAGAUGUUGAAUGUUAUGAUGUCAAAAACCUGAUUUCAUUCUUCAAUGCAGGUUUGUGUUUCUCAUGCUGUUUCAGUAGGAGCUUCUCAAUAACUCUUCUUCUCUAACUUUAAUCAUUCUUAUUUAUUGUCUUAUAUCCUGGACAUUCUUUCUUUUUAUGCACUGAAUUUCUUUGAAGUACGAUGUACUUUGAUAAUUUGUAAUUCAUUU